UGAUUUUGAGUUUAGUUCAUUUUGAAGUGUGUUUGCAUUGAUAAGUACUUUCUACUACAAUGGCUGCAUGCAUUUUCGUUUUGUUUUUACUUUCUGUCAUUGUUGGACUUAUUUACUUAUAUUUAUCAUGGAAUUUUAAUUUUUGGAAAAAACGUGGUGUCAAAGGACCCAAACCGAAAUUGAUUUUCGGAAGUAUUCCAAGUAUUGUCAAACGUAACCGGAAUUUGGCAUUUGAUAUGAGAGAUUUAUACGAAAAAUACAAAAAAUCUGGUGAAAGAUUCAUUGGAAUAUUCAUGACAAGGAAUCCACAAAUUUUGGUAGUUAAUCCAGAUCUUGCUCGAGAAAUUCUGGUUACCAAUUUUAAGUGUUUUCGUGAUAAUGAACCAGCUUUGUGGGUCAAUAACAACGUGGAAGAAGUUGCUCCCAGAAAUCCUUUUAUGAGUGGUUCUGCAAAAUGGAAGGGAAUCAGAAGUGAAGUUAUUGGAGGACUUAGUCCAAGCAGGGUCAAACUAGCUCAUCCAAUAGUGAUGGAAAUCUGCAAAAAGUUGAUCAACUUUGUGAGGGCUUCGAGUGAAAAGUCUGGGAAGGUCAUUGAACUAAAAAAUCUCUGUCACAGGUACACAACAGAAGUAGUUGCUGAUUUUGUUUGGGGUCUUAAUGCUGAUACUUUGAAAAUCGAUGAUUCGCCCAAUCACAUGUACAAUAUGUUCAAACAAAUGUUGGAAAAAUCUUUUCUAAAAAUUAGUUUUUACUAUUUAACCGGGCUAGCCCCGCUUUUAAGAACAAUAAUUGGUGGAUCAUUUUAUCCCGAAGAAACAGAUAAAUUCUUUACAAAAAUUCAAAAGGAUGCUGUAGAAUUGAGACUUCAGAGUAAAAAUGAUCGUCCGGAUUUUUUGAACUAUUUGAUUCAGCUGCAAGAGAAGAAGAAUAUCAGUCACAUGGAUAUGGUUGGUCAUAGUUUGACGGUUUUGUUGGAUGCAUUUGAGACCACAGGGUCUGUGAUGGCGCAUACUUUGUAUUAUUUAGCUAGUAACCAGACUGCACAAAAUAAAUUAAGAGCAGAAAUAAUGGGAAGUCUUGAUGAAAACGGGGGCUUAAGUUAUGAAAAUUUGAUUGAACUUCCCUACUUGGAUCAGUGUUUGCAUGAAACCAUUCGAAUUGUUACUCUUAUUUCCGUAACUUCAAGAAUAUGUAGUGAAGAAACAUAUCUGGAAGUUCGGGAGGAUCACAAAGUGAAAAUUGAACCUGGAAUGAUUGUUCAUGUUCCGACGUAUUCCUUUCACAAUGAUCCCGAUGUGUUUCCCAAUCCAGAGGAAUAUAUUCCUGAGAGGUUUGAUAAUGGUCGAGCAAAAGAACUUAAUCAGAAAGGAUAUUUCUUUCCAUUUGGUGAUGGACCAAGAAUAUGUGUUGGAAUGAGAUUGGGACAAUUAGAAUCUAAGGCUGGAAUUGUUGAGAUUCUUAAAAAUUUCCAUUUGACGAAAAUAGGAGAUUUAGUGCCACACAUUGAUCCAUCAUCAUUUAUUUUAGGAUUGGCUGGUGAUUUAUUGGUAGAAUUUGAACCUAUUCAACAUUGAACAAUUAGCUACAUUAAAUUACUUUUAAAUACUAUUUUUUUAUACCUAUUAUUUUUAAAUGUAAAAAAAACAAAUAAUCUUUUAAACUUUUUACUGA